GAAUUCACAUCUUUCAAUGGUUUAUUACUGUUGAGGUCAGUGAUGGUGGCUCUGUGAAGGGAUCGAUGAGAUUUGGAGCCAAUGGAAAGGAUUAUAUUAGUUUAGACCCAGACAGAAUGAGAUGGAUCGUAACCAAUCACUUUGCAGUGAUGACGAAAGAGGAAUGGGAUUCCGAUGAAUCCUGGAACAAUUACUGGGAUACACAGCUGCAUGGAAUCUUUGUUGAGCAUUUAAAGAGAUAUCUGGAAGCUGGAAAGGAAUAUUUCAGAAGGAAAUUUCAGCCUGAAGUGUUCAUCUCCAGGAGGGAGCCCAAUCGUCAGGACAAGCCGCUCACUCUCUCCUGCCUGGUCACUGGGUUUUAUCCUGUAGACAUCGAGGUGACCUGGCUAAGGAAUGGAGAGGUCAUGUCUGAGACCCAAUCCUCGGGGGUACGACUGAACCACGAUGGGACCCAUCAGAUCCAGAAAGAGAUUGAGAUCAAUGCUGGGGAUGAGAAUCCAUACUCCUGUCAAAGUGAACACAGCAGCCUGGCAGAGGGCAAGGGACUGGAAU